AUUGUUGUAACCUACACCGGAAGUGGAGUAUUUUGAUUUUGACUCUGGUUGUCUUGCCGUUGCUCCUUAUUUUUCCCAAUAAUAAACCUUAGGGGAGGGAUCCUUGAGUUUUGUCGCACAACUACGGUAGACUACAGUCUGUACUUUCAGACUUGCACAGUUUGGGUUGAGCAGGCAGCGCAGGGUCCACACGAGGAGACUUAAAAAUAGCUUUCAAAGGCGAUUAGACAUGACGGACACUGACGGAGGGGCUCCACGGGACUCUACGUGAAGAUGAGGAUUCCUCCGGUGUGGGCGCUGGGCGCUUGCCAGACUGGGUGAGGGGAGAACUGAGAAGGGAACUCGCUGAGGAGAAAAACACCGCCUGGGCCCACUGAGGAGGACCUCUGUGCAGGUUCACGCGGCCGUCGGCAGGGUGGAGCUUCCUGACCCAUGGAGAAUUAUUUCCAGGCCGAGGCCUUCAACCUGGACAAGGUGCUGGACGAGUUUGAGCAGAACGAAGAUGAGGCAGAUAAUCCCAUUCUCUCAGAUGCCAAGUGGACCCAGAUUCUGGCCCCACCAGCCCACCUGCUAUCUCUGAACCCCGCCCUGGCCCACGCAGACCUCAGCCCCCGGGAGAGUCCGCUGCCCUUUAAGACCCUUACAGACUCCUCCUCCACCGCCUCCCCGGGGGCUGACCCGAAAAGACACCCCGGCCCGGAUCCUCCGUCCUGGGCGGAGGAGAGGCCGGCGGACGUCCACAGCCCUCCCCUCCCUCAGCCCAACAUUGGCAAACUGGUGGGCACAGACGACCUCUCGCCGCCCCCCCUGACAGCCUGUGGUGCUGUGGAGAACGGCUGUCCCGCCAGCCCUGUGAGCCCACAACUGGAUGGGCUCACACAGGAGAUACAUUCUUCCCCGGACAACAAGCCCGGUGCCUCUGAUCAGGAGGGUAAACCUCAUCAUGAGGAGAGAGUCGCCUCUGUAAGAGGAGAAGGGGGCUCGGAUGUCAGCCACACUCACUUUACCUUUGAGGUUGGAUCAGGACAGGUUGAAGCUUUGUCCCAGAAAAUUCACCCAAAUGUAGAAGCAAGGAUACAAAACGGGGGAGACAUCAAAGAGGAAGUUGUUACAGCUGUUUUACAAGAAAAUGGGCGAGAACAGACAAGUGCAGACAUAAAGGAAGACCAGGUAGAAAGUCUCCUACACAGAGGAGGAGAUAUUAAGACUGCUUGUGAGGUGGAGACGAAUGGUUUAUCUCCUCCUGAAAGUGUGGGAGUGGAGAAAAAGGAGUGGGGAUGUGGUCAAGAUGGACAGACGGACCAGCUUCUCAGAAUAACAAGCCUUUUCAACGGUUCAGAGCAGGAAAGCAGCGUGCAUUCCCAGCAACAGGAGACGGAGGGGAAGGAGGAGGAGGAGGAUGAAGGUUUUUCUCCCUCUCCUGUCCCGUCUAAAGAGGACUCUGUCACUGAGGAGAAGGAGAUGGAAGAGAGCAAGCAAGAGAACGGAGAAGGAGGAGCAGCAGGGUCAGGUAGCAUCCAACCAAAACUCAACAAUAACCGCCUGCAGCCGGUAAGCGUUCCUUACGGAGGAGCUCGACCGAAGCAGCCCGUCACCCUCAAGCUCCAGAUCCCACAGCCGCUUUCAGGCCAGGUCCAGAACCAGCUCUGUCCGAGUGUCGUCAGCAAGAACAAAAACCUGGAGAGCCAGGGCCGGAGAGGCGUGCCGUCUGAGAUUACACCCAGCGGGUCUGAUCUGAGCACAGUCGGGGUGAAUGGAGAGGGCGCCGUACACUCUCCACCCCUGAUUCCCUCAGAGAGCCCAGAUAAUGACCUCCAGGCAGGCCAGCAGGGUGCUCUGUGCAGGAAGCCUGCCAGCUCCCUGGGAGAGGUGGCCCCUGUGUGGGUGCCUGACUCCCAGGCUCCCAUUUGUAUGAAAUGUGAUGUCAAGUUCACCUUCACCAAGAGGAGGCAUCACUGCAGGGCCUGCGGCAAGGUGUUCUGUGCGACAUGCUGCAGCCUGAAGUGCAGGCUUAUGUACAUGGACAGGAAGGAGGCCCGAGUCUGUGUCACCUGUCAUUCUGCUCUUACAUGUGCUCAAUCAUGGGAGACACCGGUCACAACAAGCAACCAGAGUCCGAACCCCAACAACCCGGCAGAGUACUGCUCCACCAUCCCCCCUCUGCAGCAGGCUCAGGCAUCUGGGGUGCUCAGCUCACCUCCUCCUACUGUCAUGGUCCCUGUGGGAGUCCUGAAACAGUCCGGCAGCGAGGGGUCCCUUACACGGGAGCAGAGGAGGGUGUGGUUCGCUGACGGCCUCCUGCCUAAUGGAGACAUGUCAGAGUCACCCAGACCUCCAGCCUCAAACCCGGCCCCCUCCCAGUCACUGGCCAUCUCCACGUUUUCAAACAAAUCCUCCACUUCUGAAUCCUCAGAGGCAGCCAACACCCCCAGUGCCCCGGUGGGCAGCCCAGUGGGCAGCUCCCUCAGCCUGAUCCCGGAGGACGGGCUCCCUCCCAUCCUCAUCUCCACCGGAGUCAAAGGAGGUACGGGAGGCCACAUCACAGACUAUGCUGUGGAGGAGAGGCCGUCAGAGAUCGUCCUCAUGCAGCAGCUGGAGGAGGGAGGCCCGGAUCCUCUGGUCUUUGUGCUCAACGCAAACCUGCUGGCUAUGGUCAAGCUUGUCAACUAUGUAAACAGGAAGUGUUGGUACGUGACGACGAAGGGCAUGCACGCCGUCGGCCAGGCAGAGGUGGUCAUCCUGCUGCAGUGUCUACCUGACGAGAAAACCAUCCCCAAAGACAUCUUCACACACUUUGUGCAGCUCUACCAGGAGGCCCUCAGUGGCAACGUGCUGAGCCACCUGAGUCACUCGUUCUUCACGCAGAGCUUCCUGGGCAGUAAGGAGCACGGCGGCUUCCUCUACAUCAGCCCCUCCUUCCAGUCGCUGCAGGACCUGCUGCUUCCCAACCCGCCUUACCUCUUCGGCAUCCUGAUACAGAAGUGGGAAACGCCCUGGGCCAAAGUCUUCCCCAUCCGCCUCAUGCUGCGGCUGGGAGCAGAGUACAGAUUUUAUCCUUGUCCACUCUUCAGUGUGCGCUUCAGAAAACCCCUCUUUGGAGAGACCGGUCACACCAUCAUGAACCUCCUCGCAGACUUCCGUAACUACCAGUACACACUACCGGUGGUAAAAGGUCUGGUUGUGGACAUGGAGGUGAGGAAGACGAGCAUUAAGAUCCCCAGUAAUCGUUACAAUGAGCUGAUGAAGGCCAUGAACAAGUCCAACGAGCACGUGCUGGCCAUGGGGGCAUGUUUCAACGACCGUGCCGACUCCCACCUGGUGUGCGUCCAGAACGAUGACGGGAACUAUCAGACGCAGGCCAUCAGCAUCCAUCACCAGCCUCGCAAAGUCACUGGAGCCUGCUUCUUUGUGUUCAGUGGAGCUUUGAAAGCCUCGUCGGGCUUCUUGGCUAAGACCAGCAUUGUGGAAGAUGGUGUCAUGAUCCAGAUCACAGCUGAGACCAUGGACUCUCUACGGCAAGCCCUGAGGGACAUGAAGGACUACACGAUCACAUGCGGUAAAGCCGACCAGGAGGAAAACCAGGAGCUGGUCCACAUCCAGUGGACUGAGGACGACCACAACUUCAACAAGGGUGUCAUCAGUCCCAUCGAUGGGAAGUCUAUGGAGUCGAUCACCAGCGUCAAGAUCUUCCACGGCUCCGAGUACAAAGCUAAUGGCAAAGUCAUACGCUGGACAGAGGUCUUUUUCCUCCAGAGUGAAGAUCAACCCAAUGGUCUGAGUGAUCCGGCCGACCACAGCCGGCUGACGGAGAACGUGGCGAGAUCUUUCUGCAUGGCGCUCUGUCCUCACCUGAAGCUGCUGAAGGAGGAUGGGAUGGCCAAACUGGGACUGAGGGUCACUCUGGACUCAGACCAGGUGGGUUACCUAGCAGGAAGUAACGGCCAGCCUCUGCUGCCUCAGUACCUGAGCGACUUGGACAGCGCUCUGAUCCCCGUCAUCCACGGCGGGGCAUGUCAGCUGAGCGAGGGCCCCGUGGUCAUGGAGCUGGUCUUCUACAUCCUGGAGAUCAUCUCAUAGGAGGAAUUUCAAUCUUCAUCUCCUCUUUUUAUUUUCUGGACCUUCAGACGUCAUCUCACAGCCCGGACCUCCGUCACCUCCUUUCAACCGUUUGCACUUCAAAAGAGCCCGAUAACUGUGCCGAGCCAGGCGGGGUAGCAUUCCUCAAGUCAAACCUAUGCAUCCAAAGAACAACCGUCCGCUCUGUUCCAGAGGCCGCCUGGGGCCUGAGGGAGCUCCGAGCAGGAUCGUCUGUCACAUGUCCAUCGUGGUGAACCUCACCUGACAACUGCUUAUUAGAGGUCCACCCGGCAGGAUGUAAACACCAGAGAUAAACCUGUCACAUCCCAGUGUGGCGUUACAGUGCUCACAGAGAGAACUAACCCCUCUGAGAGUUUUCAUGUUAACGAAUCAAAGAAAAUCUAAAGCGGCUUUUUGACCGAAAAAAGAAAACCCUAGAUCCUCUGAUGUCACACAUUCACAGAAGUAUUGACCUGACAAGAUAGGACAAACCUUAACUCUUAAAGGGACAGCGGCUAACCUUAGUUAACCUGAGAGCCCUCUCCUCUGUGAUUUUAUGCUUCUGUGAGACUUUUAGAUGUCUCACUGUCUCUACAUGUUUGAUGUCUCCAGGAUAGUGAGCCUCAGUAACAGGUUAAUUCUGUUUUUUAACUCAGACUGGAGGUAUGUGAGCGGUUUCACAUGGCUGCUCGUCCAGCUGUGUUAUCGAGUUUGAAAAAUUCAUGUCAAAUUUUCAGAGCUGGAUGAAGAACUCAGAUCUGUUACUCAUGUGCUGACACUUGAAUGUAGGAAUGAUCUGUUACAAGCAGCGACUGCACGGUGCAAAGUUAAAAGUGAAGAGCUGUCAGAGUCUGCGACACCUUGUUGUCCAUUAAUGAGUCCUUAAACUCCCCCGUAUCUUGUCCUGUUACCCUCAUCUUCAGUUUGGUAGAUCUCUGUCCUGGCCUACAGUUUUUGUGUCUUUAACCUCUCCCGCCUUUCUACACUAAACAAACAAACAAACAUCAAAUUCAUCAGACUUCUUUCCACGUAUUGAAAUGAUUAGUUAGCUGCCAGAGUCUGUAAUUAGACCUGCAUCCCUGCAACAGUGUGUUCUUCGCAGCAACAGUCUUCUACCGAGGAAUAACAGACCCUUUCUUUGAAAUGUUGCUGUGUAACAACCAAUCAGAAUCAAGGACUUCACACAGCUGUGUAAUGACAUUAUUUCAUUACUCUGUUUAGUAUGAUUAAUCUGAAUCUGCAAAGUGAUUCGUAUCUGAACUAAAUGAAUGUUGUGUAAAGUACUCGCCCCUGAGAUGUAGCUCUACUUAAUACUUCUGUGUAGUUUUUGAACUACAGUACCUCAAUGGAUAGCUGUGUAGAUUAUUCAAAUUAAAAAACAAAAUGUUUGAGAGUGAGGAAGCUUUAGGAGAAGAAGAGAGAUCCAGACUUCCUCAGUGGCCCAAAGAGACCCAUUAGUUUAGUAAAAUUAAAGAGAGCCCCACACAGACCUCCCACAGCUGGGAUUAAUAUGAGAGAAGCAGCUAACAGAGAAACUUCUGGGGUUAAUACUUCUCUUUUACUUGAAGGGUCUUUUUUCUGUUCAUCAGCCCUUUAAACCGACUGAUUCAAAGCUGUGGAGCAGUAAGGCAUGAAUUCUUCCACUGUGGGUGAGUAUGGUUCACAAGCGCUGCAUGUAGCUGCUCUGGUCAUCACUAACUCGUCCCUCCAACGUCACUGUGGCAGCCAGCGGUCCUGAAGCACCCACAACUAUCAGCAAAGGCCUCUGUGUAGCACGGAUGCUCUGAAGCAAGGGAGGCUCAUAUUCACAGCUGGAACGUCUGGAUUAUCUCAUCUUACGUUUUAAAAAAAAGGAAUCAAUGCAUGAUCAGAUACAGAGAAGGAGAAGUGUGGCGUGAUUUUAUUUCUUGCACCGAGGUGCUCAGUGCCUGCAGCAGCAAAUCAAGGAGGGGAGAAAGAAACGACAGCUCUUCAUCUUCACCUCUUAAGCUUUACUCAUCAAUCGCCAGAUGCUUUACGUCGAGGACAAACCGACGUGUUGUACAGAUUUUUGUAGACGUUGAAAACUCGACUCUGCUUCUGUAGCCUCCAGAGCGCCCAGCGUCGGACUCAUCUGGGUGACCAUCUACGAAACGAGACUACAUGUGAGCUCUGAAAAACCUGGUCCUGCAGGAGACAGCUGGAUUUAAAAAAAAAAAAAAAAGGUUCCAAUGCUUUAUUGAAGAACUCGAACUCUCUGUACAUAAAGCUGCAAAGUCAGUUUUUAAUCUCAUCCUGUCAUCUCUGACAUCAUCAGUGCCCGUCUGUCCGGCAGUGGGAAAGCCACUGGAGUUAUUUUGGUCUUUUUAAUCAUAAAAAGAGAAUAACUGAAGAUGUAAAGAUAUAUAUAAAUACAGUAUAUAUAUUAUAAAUAACUAUAUAAGGACUGUAUUAAAUUACAGAAGCAGUGCACUGGAUUCUAAGCCAUUUACAGGAGAACUGAAGCGAGUGUCACGGAGGCCGCUGAGUCCUGGAAGUCUUUUUUUCAGCAGCAGAAGAAUCAGAGUUGUGAAGAUCCAGGGUUCCUGCAGAAACUAGAGUUUGAUCGACCUGAAGCUGAAUGUAUUUCAUCUCACACUUCCUGCAACGUUUCGUCCUUCCUAAAUCAGCACCAUCCCGCUCCAGACUUUGCAGACCUGCGUAGGAACCCUGUAGACUGAUACGUCAUCUUCAAAAGGCCUCAACUGUUUUCUUGUUUUUUAAAGCAGAUCUCUAAAAAAGAUCUCUUUGCUCGGGAUCGCGCUCUCCUGCAGCAACAUGGACCUGGGAAAAAAAUGUAAGAAUGUAUUCCUCCUGUUUCUGUUCAGAUGUGCUCAAUGUGAUUGUCCACCUCUGGUUAGACUAGUCACCAAAAAUCACCUUGUUGUGUCCGAACACUGUACAGAAAUCAUCCAGCAUUGUGUGCCAGUUCCCCCAUCUGUAAUCAUGCUAAUAUAAAAACCAGACGGGGCUACACGAACAGUACGAAUCAAUCUCCACAUCACAAGAGAGAAUCAGACAAUCACACGAAAAACUGCAGACGAGCCGACGCUUCCAGCUUCAAUUAGAGCUGUAGCUGUUUUUUCGUUAGUUUAUUACUCAAUCUGAAGUAUUUUAGGAGCUACUGUAGCAACGUAAUGUUAGCGAAGCAGAUUCAAAAUGUUCAGCACAGACUGAACAAGAGGUCAAAGGUCACCAGUUCUGGGUUUCUUACUGUGAUCAUACCAGAGUGGGUGUAUCUCAAUCACUGUGUCUUCACUGUGUGUUGUUUUUAUAAAUUAGCAGAACAAAGAGGAGACGUGAGGAUUUAUUUUUCUGACUUCUUGUUUCUGUUUUUAUUUUGGCAUUAUCUGACCGUGUGCAAUAUGUCCGAACCCCCAAAAAGAUUAAACAGAAGGAGAAAAGGUGCAAUUUGUCUGACUGAAAAAGUAGCAUUUUUUUGAAUUCAGUUGUGAGAUGUUACUGAACACUGCAUGCAAACAGAAGACGGUGAAGAGACAGAAUCGACUCUGCAUUGAACAGGUUUCUCUUCUCGUGUGUGAUUGAAACUUCAGAAUCCGCUCCGUCAUCGACUCUUCAGAUAUUCUUUUUUUUUUUCUGUUGAAAUGUUUGAAAAGCCAAAAAAACCCUGUUCAUCUUUUGUUUUCUUUACACUACAUGUCAAGAAAAGUGGUCUUUAUCAAAAAAUUGUAGUAUAUGUAAAAUAAAACUUCUAGAAAAUUGAAA